AUGCUAGGCCAAAAUAGCAUAUACAUUGGGGGUGCCCUAGGCUUCGAGACGCACCGAGAAAUGCUGGAACUUCUACGCAAUCAGGAUGUCCUCAAGAUUGCAGAACCUACGAUUGGCUAUAACUUGAGAUUCAAAGACGCCUGGCGACAGGUAACAUUCCACGAAGAUGUUAUGACAGCUCCAGAGCUGCCCUCUCAGAACAAUCCGAUAGCGGCUAAGCUUUGGGGGAUAUAUCAGCUUAUGCGUCUUCUGCCGAACUUCUUUCCCCGCACCAAUCUCGAUACGUCUCCAAUCGUGUUUGAGCCCUAUGAUUUUCUGCACGCAUUCAAAAUGUUAAUCUAUGUCAAUGGUCAGCGCUGGAAUCCUCGGGUGUCUAACACGAUGCCUAUAAGAUGGUGCCGCAAAGUAUGUGGUGAUCCUCGUGGUACAACAUUUUCCAAACCGUACAUCGAGAGCACAGCGCCGGGAAACCACCAGCCAGCAACAGCAUUGGCCCACUCCCCAGAUCGGCUUAACUUGGGACACAAUCUCCCAGCUUCGAAGAUUGACAAUGUCACUUUACCCGGGCAGAUCACCAGCGGAAACGACAUUGACACACGCCAUAUGCUGUUUCAAUUUGCUGGCAAGCUAAGCGAGUAUUUUCAACAGAGUCUGCGAGUCUCUGUCAGUCAAUCUGGUAAUUCCGAGAAGGGCGGCGAUGCCCAGAGACCCGGUAUCAAUGCACUGGUCGACCAGUAUACAGAGCCGCAUGGGAGGCGGUGUUAUUCAGAGCCAGGCACUUGA